AUGUGCACAUACACAUACUCCUGGUAUAUCUGCAAUCACGACUACUACAUCUGGACCGACUCUGUAGAGGUCUGCUCCAAUCGUCUUCUUUCCGGUUACUCGGCCGAUGCCUGGUCAAUAGACAUGUGUAAACAUCAUGUUGCAAUCUGCAAAGGUUUCGGUGAAUACUACUGCCGCGAUUGCUCUGAAGACUAUACGCUAGAGUAUGAAUUGGAAGAGUAG